AUGCCUAUCACCGCCGGUGACGCUGCACCUGGUGCCGCCAUGAAGGCUGAGAUCACCGACUACACCAAGGCCUUGGAGGUUUUGGAUACCUAUACCACCCUUGAUGGUCUUGAUGCGGAUACCCUGCUUGAUUCUGACAAGCACGGUGCAUUGACCUACAAUGAUUUCUUGAUCCUGCCCGGUUACAUCGGCUUCCCCGCUUCCGAUGUCUCUUUGGAAACCCCUGUUACCAAGCGUAUCUCCCUGAAGGCUCCCCUUCUCUCCUCGCCCAUGGACACAGUCACCGAGCACAACAUGGCCAUCCACAUGGCUCUGCUCGGUGGUCUGGGUGUUAUCCACCACAACUGCUCUCCUGAGGAUCAGGCAGAGAUGGUCCGCAAGGUUAAGAGAUACGAGAACGGUUUCAUUCUGGACCCUGUUGUCCUCUCUCCCAAGGCCACUGUUGGUGAAGCCAAGGAGCUGAAGGCCAAGUGGGGCUUCGGUGGCUUCCCUGUCACUGAGAACGGAACCCUCAAGUCCAAGCUCGUUGGAAUGGUUACCUCGCGUGACAUUCAGUUCCACACUGAUGAUAACGCACCCGUGACUGCCAUCAUGGCCACGGAUCUUGUUACUGCCCCCGCUGGCACCACCCUGGCCGAGGCCAACGAGGUCCUCCGUCAGUCCAAGAAGGGAAAGCUCCCCAUUGUUGAUGCCAAUGGCAACAUUGUCUCCCUGCUUUCCCGCUCUGAUCUGAUGAAGAACCUCCACUACCCUCUGGCCUCCAAGCUCCCCGACUCCAAGCAGCUGAUUUCUGCCGCUGCUAUUGGUACUCGCGAGGAGGACAAGAACCGCCUUAAGCUUCUUGUUGAGGCUGGAUUGGACAUUGUUAUUCUGGACUCCAGCCAGGGUAACUCUAUGUACCAGAUCGAGAUGAUUAAGUACAUUAAGAAGACUAUGCCCGAGAUCGACGUUAUCGGUGGUAACGUUGUCACUCGUGAGCAGGCUGCUGCUUUGAUUGCCGCCGGUGUCGAUGGCCUGAGAAUUGGCAUGGGCAGCGGUAGUGCCUGUAUCACCCAGGAGGUUAUGGCUGUUGGCCGUCCCCAGGCUGCCUCCGUGCGCAGCGUUGCAUCAUUUGCCGCUCGCUUCGGCGUUCCCUGUAUCGCCGAUGGUGGUGUCCAGAACGUUGGUCACAUCGUCAAGGGUCUGGCCAUGGGUGCCAGCACCGUCAUGAUGGGCGGUCUCCUUGCCGGUACCACCGAGUCUCCCGGUGAGUACUACGUCAGCAACGAGGGCCAGCUCGUCAAGGCCUACCGUGGCAUGGGCAGCAUUGCCGCCAUGGAGGAUAAGAAGGCCGGUGGUGACGGAAAGGAUAGCAAGGCCAGCAACGCUGGUACCGCUCGCUACUUCUCCGAGAAGGACCGUGUCCUUGUCGCUCAGGGUGUCGCUGGAUCCGUCCUUGACCGCGGUUCCGUCACCAAAUUCAUUCCUUACCUCGUUGCCGGUAUCCAGCACUCCCUGCAGGACAUUGGUGUCCAGAGCCUGGACGCUCUGCACGAUGGUGUCAACCAGGGCACUGUGCGUUUCGAGAUGAGAAGUGCCAGCGCUAUGACCGAGGGUAACGUCCACGGUCUCCACAGCUACGACAAGAAGCUUUACUCGUAA